CCGCCGUUCUUCCUCCUUCGCCACCGCCGUUCUCCCUCGCCGACCGCCAUGGAUCCCUCUUAUCCUCAAUGGCCGUUCUCCUCUGGUCUUUCUCUCCGUCGCAAGUAUGCAGAGCCAUCGCCACCGGUGCAGCCACCAGCAGCUUCACGCCGCAAGAUCACGCCGCCGUCUCCGUCGCUGCCACCGGCGCAGCCACCACAAGCUUCAGGCCACAGGAUCCCCAAUCUUGGGCCGCCGUCUCCGUCUCUGGCGCCACCUGUGCAGCCACCGCAAGCUUCAGGCCGCAGGAUCCCCAAUCUUGGGCCGCCGUCUCCGUCUCUGGCGCCACCUGUGCAGCCACCGCAAGCUUCAGGCCGCAAGCUACCCGUCCCAAGAUCUACCGGAGCAGGUCCCCAUCGCAGGCCCUUCGCUGCCCCAUCUCCGUCACCAUCUCAUUCGCUUGACCAAGGCAAGGAGAGGAGAGACAAGGCACCACAGGCUCCCCUCCGCAGGACCGUCACCAUUCCGCUCUCACCAACUGCCUCAACAUUUCCCUCCCUGGAGUCCCUGCCACCGGGACAGAUUCACAACAUCUCCGUUUUACGACCUGCAAGCACCGGAGGCGAAGGACACCGAGGAGUUGGUGCAUCCCACAGUGAGAAGAACAAGGAGGAGCCAGACUAUGAGACUGAAGAGGAUGAUUAUUACAGUGAAGAAGAUGAUCAUUACAGUGAAGAGGAUGAUCAUUACAGUGAAGAGGAUGAUUACUUCAGUGCUGAUGAUGAUGAUUGGAACACGUGGACCAUUCUUAGAGGGCCAGGUUUAUCUGGUGAUCAAUCAUUUGACAAGUGCUGCAUUUUUGGUAAUGAAGUACAGCUGACUUGUAAACAAAGGGAUCAGCUAUGUAGCAUUGUGGAGGAGCUGCCAAUGCCAGAAAUGAAGCACUAUGUCUGCACACUGAUGAAGAACAAUGUAAUACCAGGUGAAGGUAAACUGGAUUUUUCACAAGAGUACACCAGUGCAUACCUUGUUCAAUUUCUAAUGUCACGUCAGCACAUUAAGUAUGGUAUUUCUGGUGGAGCUCAGGAUGUCGCUGUAGUUGUCAACUCUAGUACAAGCAGUUUAAACAAGUACUGCAGGAUGAGGUACGAUGGAUCACGAAAGGCCAAGAUCAGUGUUGGCUGGACAAAAACUGUAGAAGCAUUCAAGCUCAAGGAAGGAGACGUUUGCAAGAUAACCUUCAAGGAUGAGAGGGAAAUUCCAUACACUAGGAGGGACCAAUUUGCACAGUUACGGAUGGUGAUCACAAAGCUUGAAGAUUUACAAGAAUGACCUAAUGGAGAAGAGCAGUGUUGGAUGGUUCACUAGUUAUAAGUUAUGAUGUUAAGUGUUAUUGGGUACUUCUGUAAUACUGGUUAAGACUAUUGUAAGUUAUGCAUGGAUCUUAUCAAUUAAGUAUGA